GGGUUCUCACCCAACUUCCAUUAAGGACUUGGGGCAGGAGGGGGAAGCAGUAGUCCCGUGGCGGGCGGGCGAGUGGGCAGGAGCGGGACACCGAGACCGGCGUGCGGACAGCAGAGAUUGCGGGGAGCGACAGGCGCGGCAUGGAGCUCCGAGCAGCCGGCUGCUGCCUCGCGCUGCUGUGGGGUUGCGCGCUGGCGGCCGCGGCAGCACAGGGAAAGGAAGUUGUUCUACUGGACUUCGCAGCGAUGAAAGGGGAACUGGGCUGGCUCACACACCCCUAUGGCAAAGGAUGGGACUUAAUGCAGAACAUCAUGAAUGACAUGCCCAUCUACAUGUACUCCGUCUGCAACGUGGUGUCUGGUGACCAGGACAAUUGGCUUCGUACCAACUGGGUGUACAGGGAGGAGGCUGAACGCAUCUUCAUUGAGCUCAAGUUCACGGUGCGUGACUGCAACAGCUUCCCGGGAGGCGCCAGCUCCUGCAAAGAGACCUUCAACCUUUACUAUGCAGAGUCGGAUGUGGACUAUGGUACCAACUUCCAGAAGCGCCAGUUCACCAAGAUCGACACCAUAGCCCCUGAUGAGAUCACAGUCAGCAGCGACUUUGAGGCUCGCAAUGUCAAGCUGAAUGUGGAGGAGCGCAUAGUGGGGCCGCUCACCCGGAAGGGCUUCUACCUGGCCUUCCAGGACAUUGGCGCCUGUGUGGCGUUACUCUCCGUUCGUGUCUACUACAAGAAAUGUCCUGAGAUGCUGCAGAGCCUGGCUCGCUUCCCCGAGACCAUUGCUGUUGCAGUCUCUGAGACACAUCCCCUGGCCACUGUGGCUGGUACCUGCGUGGACCAUGCCGUGGUGCCAUAUGGAGGCGAGGAGCCCCUCAUGCAUUGCACAGUGAAUGGCGAGUGGCUGGUGCCUAUCGGACAGUGCCUGUGUCAGGCAGGCUACGAGAAGGUUGAGGACACCUGCCAAGCCUGUUCGCCAGGAUUCUUCAAGUCUGAGGCAUCCGAGAGCCCUUGCCUGGAGUGUCCGGAGCAUACCCUGCCGUCAGCCGAGGGUGCCGCCUCCUGCCAGUGUGAAGAAGGCUAUUUCAGGGCACCUGAGGACCCGUUGUCCGUGCCCUGCACACGUCCACCCUCUGCCCCCCACUACCUCACGGCAAUCGGCAUGGGUGCCAAAGUAGAACUGCGUUGGACACCCCCCCAGGACAGUGGGGGCCGCAAGGACAUUGUCUACAGCGUCACCUGUGAACAGUGCUGGCCGGAGUCUGGCGAGUGCGGGCCCUGUGAGGCCAGUGUGCGUUAUUCAGAGCCUCCCCAUGCCCUGACCCGCACAAGUGUGACCGUCAGUGACCUGGAACCUCACAUGAACUAUACCUUCACUGUUGAGGCCCGCAAUGGCGUCUCCGGCCUGGUGACUAGCCGAAGCUUCCGCACUGCCAGCGUCAGCAUUAACCAAACAGAGCCCCCCAAGGUGAGGCUGGAGGACCGCAGCACCACCUCACUGAGUGUCACCUGGAGCAUCCCAGUGCCACAGCAGAGCCGCGUGUGGAAGUACGAAGUCACCUACCGCAAGAAGGGGGAUGCCAACAGCUACAAUGUGCGCCGCACUGAAGGCUUCUCCGUGACCCUGGAUGACCUGGCUCCCGAUACCACCUACCUGGUGCAGGUGCAGGCCCUGACGCAGGAGGGCCAGGGUGCUGGCAGCAAAGUGCAUGAGUUCCAGACACUGUCCACAGAAAGCUCCGCCAACAUGGCGAUGAUCGGUGGUGUAGCUGUUGGCGUGGUCUUGCUUCUAGCACUGGCGGGAAUCGGCUUCUUCAUGCACCGAAGGAGGAGGAACCUGCGAGCCCGCCAGUCCUCUGAGGAUGUCUAUUUUUCCAAGUCAGAACAAUUGAAACCACUGAAGACCUAUGUGGACCCCCACACUUAUGAAGACCCCAACCAGGCUGUACUCAAGUUUACCACCGAGAUCCACCCAUCCUGUGUUGCAAGGCAGAAGGUGAUUGGAGCAGGAGAGUUUGGAGAAGUGUAUAAGGGGACUCUGAAGACAUCAUCAGGGAAGAAGGAAAUACCCGUGGCCAUCAAGACCCUGAAAGCUGGCUACACGGAGAAGCAGCGUGUGGAUUUCCUGAGUGAGGCCAGCAUCAUGGGCCAGUUCAGCCAUCACAACAUCAUCCGCCUGGAGGGCGUUGUCUCUAAAUACAAGCCCAUGAUGAUUAUCACAGAGUACAUGGAGAACGGAGCCCUGGACAAGUUCCUUAGGGAGAAGGAUGGCGAGUUCAGCGUGCUGCAGCUGGUGGGCAUGCUUCGGGGCAUCGCAUCCGGCAUGAAGUACCUGGCCAACAUGAACUACGUGCAUCGGGACCUGGCUGCCCGAAACAUUCUUGUCAACAGCAACCUGGUAUGCAAGGUGUCUGAUUUUGGCCUGUCCCGAGUGCUGGAGGACGACCCUGAGGCCACCUACACCACUAGUGGCGGCAAGAUCCCUAUUCGAUGGACAGCCCCAGAGGCCAUUUCCUACCGCAAGUUCACCUCAGCCAGCGAUGUGUGGAGCUACGGAAUCGUCAUGUGGGAGGUGAUGACGUACGGCGAGCGGCCCUACUGGGAGCUGUCAAACCACGAGGUCAUGAAAGCCAUCAAUGAUGGCUUCCGGCUCCCCACACCCAUGGACUGCCCCUCAGCCAUCUACCAGCUCAUGAUGCAAUGUUGGCAGCAAGACCGUUCCCGCCGGCCCAAGUUUGCCGACAUCGUUAGCAUCCUGGACAAGCUCAUCCGAGCCCCAGACUCUCUCAAGACCCUGGCUGACUUUGAUCCCCGAGUGUCCAUCCGGCUGCCCAGCACCAGUGGCUCAGAGGGAGUCCCCUUUCGUACGGUGUCCGAGUGGCUGGAGAGCAUCAAAAUGCAGCAGUACACGGAGCACUUCAUGGUGGCUGGCUACACAGCCAUCGAGAAAGUGGUGCAGAUGUCCAAUGAUGACAUCAAGAGGAUUGGGGUGCGUCUCCCUGGCCACCAGAAGCGCAUUGCCUACAGCCUGCUGGGACUCAAGGACCAGGUGAACACAGUGGGGAUCCCUAUCUGAGUCCGACGGGGCCUUGUGCCCACCUUGACAAACAAUACUUGAAAAAACACAGUGGUCUCCCUGCCAACCCGUGCCAGGCCACUAGGACUUAAUUUAUUUCUACUUCUGCAUCUACGCCACCCUGAGGACUCUGCAGGGGGACUCUUGAAGACACCCUGGCCGGGCUAGAGAAACUCCUGGAUUCUGGGCUGGGGGCCUCUUCCCUGGCCCAGGACCCAGUUAAGCUAAGCACUUAGCGGUUGCCAUUACAUUCCCAGCAUUCCCUGGGGCUAGAGUGCCAUCAAGACCAUUGACACCCACGUGAGACAUUUCCAAACUGGACCUCUUCAUCACCUUUUCUCCCCAAGAAGCCACCUCAGGAACUGAGGCUGGGCCCUCAGCCCAGACCAGAUGACUAGGACACUGUAAGCCCCACCCCUCGUUAGAGGGUAGAUUAUGGACUCAGCUGGGUGGAGCCACAGCAAUCUUCCAGUGCCUUCUUCGGACCCAGGGCCCUGCCCUCCGCCCUGCAGGGCCAGUUUCUUGCUUUCCUGGGACCCCCUCAGGAUGCUUGUUUGUGUUGAGGUUUUUUUUAAGUACAUAUUUUAUACUUGUGGAAAGAAUGAGUGUGUGGCGGGGACCUUGCCAGGGCUGGGGACGAGGAUGCUCUGCAGUAGACAUUCCUGGGCUGGGGGCCAGCCAGACUUGAGGGGGCUCACUGCCCAGCCACCUCAUCUCUCGCCCCUUUGGACGACUGUCGUAUGCUGUCAGUGUUACUGAUUUUAUUGGGUUGUUUUUGUUUUGUUUUUUUUUUUUUGAACCUUAACUUAUUUUUUUUUAUAUUUAUUGUUAGAAAACAACUUAUUUCUGCUCUGGAAUAAAGCUGCAGAUGGUUCAAACUGA